CGACAAACUAUUUUUUCUCAAAUUAGAUUUUCAAAAAUAAAGUAAAAUGAAAAACAUAUUAAUUUACUUUUGUCUAUCUGCAUCAAAAUCUAAAUGGUGAUUAAAUAAGUUAAAGUUUAAGAAUUAAAAAUUUGUUAAUGAAUUAAGUGAAAUUUAUGUGGUCCAUAAUUUAAAAAAAAAUGUUAAAAAUUGAAGAAAAAAAUACAGAAUUAUUGAUAAAAAUUGUGAAUAAAUAAAUGUGCAAUCUGGUUUAAAAUUUAACUACAUCAUAUUUGUUUGCAAGACUUAAGGCGAAGAAGGCAUAUUUCUUAUUUUACUGUGUAAUAUCACGAAAUGUGCUCUGAAGUAAUGUAUGGCGCAUAUUAUCCUUAUUUAUAUGCUACGAGUCGCGCUGCUCCAGGAAGGCCAUUUUAUCACCAGUACGAUCGAUUUAAUCAAGAUUUAUAUCCAUCAUCAGGAGUUCCAUUAACAACAACGAGUACCUCAGUUAGUUCUCAUUCAUCAUGUAGUCCUUUAUUACAACCAAAUUUAGCGUCUUCAUCAUCUUCAUCAUCUUCUACCGUUCCUACAAUAAUAAGCUCAUUAGGUCAAAGACAUAUAGCCAAAGAAGAAGACUUAAGUCUUCCAAGAAAUACAGACGCUGAAGCAAUACCCAACAAUAGUCAUAAUGACAGUAGUUCAUGUUCAUCACCAGAAUCUCCAUCAGGUGACAACAGCGGGAGAACGCAAUAUGUUUCUGCAACUUGUGUAGUUGUUACUCAUUAUUCAGGAGAUACUGCAAGCGUAGUUGAUGAUCAUUUUACAAGAGCAUUAAAUUUCAACGACAAGAACAAUAAAGAAUUAAAUCCAAUGUCAGCACGAAAUUUUCCACCUUCAUUUUGGAAUAGUAAUUACGUACCACCAAGCACAUCGCAUCACCAAAUGAGUGAAUUAUAUUCAACAGAAAGUGGAUUAUACCCCACUGAACCUUGGGUUCAUAAUACACACUACGGAUCAUACGCUGCACAUGCCUAUCAUCACAACAUGGCUCAGUAUGGAAGUCUUUUACGAUUACCCCAACAAUACGGUCACAGCUCAAGACUUCAUCAUGAUCAACAAACGGCACUAGAAAGUGCGGCGGCAGCAUAUUCAAAUUAUCCAAUAUCAGGUCUUGAAGCUCAAGAGACAUCUAAAGAUUUGUACUGGUUUUAAUUUAAAUCAAUGAAUUAAGUAAUGUAAUUUUAAUGAUUGUAAGUAAUUUCUUUCUGUAAUGUGAUAUAUAAAAAAUACUCAAUAGGAACUAUCAAUGAGAAAAUAUUUUCACUCGUGCUUAUAUAAAUGUAUUUCACGUAAUGUAAAACUAAUUGUACAGUUCAUUUUUAUGAAUAAAUCAAUACAAA